UUGCCUGGUAUUGUGUGAUAGGCUUUACGCACUUUACGCGGUUGUAUGUACACAACAUCAUUGCGUCGUCUGCGCCGAGGUUAUGGUUAUCCGCACACGUGUUGCAUGCACGUAACGUCAGUAAUGUCGCUCUCGCUCGUUAUUGAACAGUAAUGUCACUUUGAAAUCCUCACGAACAGCCUUUGCAAACAUGAGCUUCUCCGUAUACGAUUCGUACGUGGCUCUGUGCAACAACGAACGUGUGAUAAUACACGAUGUUGCCAAUGGUACCGAAAACGAGAUAGUCCUGCCCGAUCUGGAGUCCGAGAGGAAGAUAGACGUGCACAACAACGUCGACAUCGAGGCUUAUCACAUGAUAACGUCCCUGACAUUCUCGGACGAUGGGAAAUAUUUUGCGGUGUGCACGAAUCGCAAGCAGCUGUGCCUGUACGAGACCAAGGGCCUGGGGCUCCUGUCGAAUCGGACGCUCGUCAGGGCCGCGAGCAGAGUGAGAUUCUCGCCGGACAACGACAUCGUGAUAGCGGACAAGGCCGGGGACGCUUAUCUGUUCUCAACCAGCCGCCCGACGGAGGCUGGCACCUUGAUCCUGGGCCACUUGUCGAUGCUGCUCGACGUGCUCGUCACGCAAGACGCGAGGUACGUCCUGACGACUGACAGGGAUGAGAAGAUAAGGGUCUCCAGGUUUCCCAAUUGCUACAAUAUCGUGUCCUACUGCCUGGGACACGCGGAAUUCGUGACGAAUAUCUCGGAGCUGCCGCACAAGAAGAGCGUCCUGGUGUCGUGCGGUGGCGACGGCGUCUUCAAGUUGUGGGACUAUAAGCGCGGAUGUGAACUCACGUCCGUCAACUUCGCCGACAAGAUACCCAAGUGCGACGUGGAAAAGUUUCACCGGGACCUCCAAGAGUGUCAAAACGACGAGUCUGUAGAUACACUGCCCGUCAAGUAUCUCAGAGUAUCUUGCCUUGGUAAAACGGAAUCUUUAAUUCUGAUGAGUUUUUAUAGUAGCAAGCUAUUGUUAGUUUAUAGGAUCAGCGGCGACGAUGACGCGCAGUUGAAAGCGAGUUACUUAGAAUCCAUAACUGCGGAGGCCGAACCUGUGGAGUGUCUCUUGCGCAAGCAAGACCUGUGGAUAUUGACGGAUGUAGGAUUUCAAGUGUACAAAUUCGAGAGCGAUAGAUUCGUGGUCCACGAUGCCCUGAAUCCCACAAUCAAGCGUCUCAAUGUGUCCUGGCAAAUUUUAAAGAAUACCAUCGUUAAACAGAAUUUAUUUCCAAUUUUAUACAAGAGAAGAUACGACAACGCACAGGAUUAUCAAGCAAGGAAAAAAACCCGUCUUGCGGGCAACGCAGAGUAGUUUGUAUCGUUCUUACAAAUGUUACAAAUACGAUUGUGUUCAGUAUCUCGUAAUAUACGUUAAUAGACAGUUUGUAAUAAACGAAAUCGGAGGAAAAGAAAGAUUAUAUUUUACAUCAAUCUUAUGCCAAUGUUAUUAACUGUAUGUAUCAUACAAAUUUGCUAAUGUGUUAAUUUUACACAAAUAUAGAACAUACGAGUAA